GGGUGAACUACAGGGGAAAAAAACCUACACCCCUCCCUCUCUUACUCGAGGGGAGUGUGUGUGUGUGUGUGUGUGUGUGUGUGUGUGUGUGUGUGUGUGUGUGUGACAGAACAGAGACGAGUCUGAAGAAACCAGGAAAAGUUCGCCAAGCAGCUCCGCGGAUCUUGUGUUUGUUUCCUUCGCUCUUUCACAGUCUGGACGCAGAACGGAGACAGACGCCCGUGUGAGGAGAGAAUGAAGACCGGAUCCGCGAGCAGAUUGUGUGCGUUUUGGUGUUGUGUGUUUGCUGUCCUGCACUUAACAGCAGCUGAGGAAGCAGAGAAGCCGGCGGCAGGACGACAGUCUCGUCAGGCAGAGGAGGAGGCGCUUGAAGGGGUGUUGGGUCCAUGGAGCGAGUGGGUGGAGUGUUCUCAGAGCUGUGGAGUGGGCGUGUCCGAGAGGCGGAGACAGUGUAUGCCGCCGCCCCAAACCCCGCCUCUUAUGUGGAACAGACCGGCUUACCUUCCACCGGGUGUCCCGAACAACACCCCUGUGAUCUCUGCGGUCAGACCCUACUACAACUCCUUGUAUUCCGUCAACGAGCCCCCUCCAUAUGGAGCAGGGGGCGCUGAGAGGCCUCCUUACUUUUCCCCGCCUCUUCCAGCCAAUCCCAAUCCUGGUUUACCGCUCUACCGAAACGAAGCCGGCGGUGCUGGGCCAGUGCAGUUCAGCCCACCCAAUCAGGAGACAGCUUCAGUCUACCGUUCACCUUCCUCAUCAGCUUCACUUCCCUACGGGAGAGUUCCCGCACGGUCACCCAAUCACGGCAGAGUUGUAGGCAGUGGGAGCAGGAGGUCGGUUUCCAACAACAGGGAUCCAGCGUCUAUAAGAAGGUCUAGUUCUUCUAUUCGUCCUGGACAGUUUGGGUACGGCAGGGUGCCGUUCUCUCUUCCCUUACACAGACAAAACCGUCAUACGCGACACACACGCCACCACAACACCACCAUCACAGACAGUCUCGAGGCUCUCAGUGUGAACUCCAGCACACAUGUGGACAAAACACAGGGAGAAGAGGGACUAAUUAUUACAGACACUGUUGAUAGGGAACGAAAAGAGAAGGAAAAGGAGACGGAGGCAGCAGACGUGGAGAGUGAUGUGGCAGCCGAGAGAACAAGUGAUGGAGAGCCGCACAGACGCGUGGAGAGAGUACGGGAACACGAGCGAAUCUCACAUUCACAGCCCCUGACCCAGAGACACGUGGGCCGCUCUUCUCGCCAAGUCCCACACUCCUACACGCACUCUAUCCACCGAUCGCACACUCCCAGAGAGCCUCCUCCCUACGGCCUCCAGACUCCCACAAACCCAAACCCUGAGCCCUGGGUCCUGCAGAUCGCUGCCCAGCCCUCCAGAAAUGAAGCCGAGAGGGACGGGAGGCCUCCAGCGGCCGCCAACAACUACAGAUGCUCUGGACCGGACAGAGAGUACCGCAGGUGCAGCCUACAGGCAUGUCCAGGUGCUCCAGUAAGCUCCAGGGCUGAACAGUGUGCAGUGUUCAACAAUCAAGAGUUUAUGGGACGCGUGUAUGACUGGGAGCCUUUCACAGAAGUGGGUCUGGAGCAGCAGUGUGAGCUGACCUGUCGACCGGUCGGGUAUCGUUUCUACGUGCGGCAGGCGGAGAGGGUACGAGAUGGAACGCCCUGCGCAAAUAACACACCCAACGAUGUGUGUGUGGGAGGACGCUGUCUGAGCGAGGGCUGUGAUGGUGUGUUGGGCUCAGGGUUGGUUCGGGAUCGCUGUGGCGUGUGCGGCGGGGGAGACAGCACCUGCGAGAGGGUCACUGGAAGUUUCCUAAACACGAGUGUCCCGCUGGGCUACCACAGAAUCCUGGACAUCCCGCCUGGAGCCACGGCCAUCAACAUCACUGAGAGACGAGCCAGUCCCAACUAUCUGGCCCUGCGCAGUGGAACAGGUCAGUCUGUGGUGAACGGACGCUGGGCGGUCGAUCCUCCGGGAGAGUAUCAGGCAGGAGGAACCACCUUCAUGUACAGCCGACCCAAAGCUGGGCCUCAAGAGCAGGGAGAAGAGAGAGGAGAAACCCUCAGCGCUCCUGGACCCACAACAGCCCAGCUGCAGCUAUACAAACGGAGGGACGGAGAGAGAGAAGUACACCGAGAGAGGGAGCGAGGACAGGCUGCGCUCCGAGAAAUCAGUGGCGUGUCAGUGGCAGUCGAGAAUCCUGUUGCCCCUCCGCCUUUGUCAUCUUCUGCCUUCUCAUCUUCCUCCUCAUCUUCCUCUGUAUCUGAUCGAUGGCCACCAGAGAGGCCCCGCCCACAGGGCCUAGGACCCAAUCGUAAUGCUCGGAUCCCUCCAAGAACAGACCUUCCAUUGGACAAUCAGCCUGUGUUUGUGUGGCGAAGAGGCGCACUGACAGAAUGCACGGCUACCUGUGGAAAAGGCUCUCAGUACAGAGAGAUUGUGUGUGUGAAUCGACACACAGACGAGGAAGUCCACGAGAGGAGGUGUGACUCCGCAACCAAACCUGCGCCGGAGGAGGAACCGUGUAACGUUCAUCCCUGUCCACCAUUCUGGGAUAUGGGCGUGUGGUCCGAGUGCAGUGUUUCCUGUGGCUGGGGUGUGCAGCAGCGUCACAUACAGUGCAGGCAGAGUUUUGGGAAUCGCUCAACCAUGGUUCACCCUCAGCGCUGCGCCAGUCUCACCCGCCCCAAUGCCACGCAGCCCUGCCACCCGCGCGUCUGCUCGCACUGGGAGAUCAGCACCAACUGGAGCACGUGCUCAGUGGAUUGUGGAGUGGGAAAGAGAUCCCGGAGCGUGCGCUGUGUCAGUGACCAUGGCAACACUGUGAAUGACAGGGAGUGCAGUGAUAGGCUCCGCCCACAGCACACUGAGGACUGUCACAUGGGUCCUUGUGUCACAAACUGGUACUUCACAGACUGGACAAACACUUGCUCUGCGACGUGCGGGCCGGGCGUCCAGCGGAGAGAGGUGGUGUGUUUGACCGGCGGAGGCAGGAGAGAAGGAGACGGAGGAGUGGAGUGUGGGGGCGAGAAACCGGCUGAUAUGAAGGCCUGUAACGGGGGACCCUGUACACCCACCCACCUCUGGUACACCGGACCCUGGGGACAGUGUAACGCAGCGUGUGGAAACGGCACCCAGCGCAGGGACAUCAUCUGCGUGAGGAAGACAGGAAGUGACUUCACCGUGAGCGCCGCCAGUGAGUGCUCACACCUGGAGAAACCGUCUCCAGUGCAGCCGUGUGAACUGCAGCCCUGCAAACCGCAGUGGUUCACCACCGAGUGGAGCACGUGCUCUCGGUCCUGCGGUGAAGGGGUGCAGACGCGGGAGGUGUGGUGUCUCACUGCAGACAAACAGCACAACACAGCCUGCGAUCUGGACUCCAAACCUGCCCACGAGCGCUCCUGCAACACCAUACCCUGCAGUCCCUUCGAAGAUGAGAACUGUAAGGACAGACGGCAUAACUGCGUAAUGGUGGUCCAGGCUCGACUCUGCGUCUACUCCUACUAUAAGACCGCCUGCUGUGCGUCCUGCACCCAGAGUGCUCAGCGGGCCAAAAGACAUUAACCCUGCACAAGCCACAGAGAAGUCAGGUUCAGGUCCAGGAGAGAAUUCCGACUUGAACUGAGCUGAGAUCAGGAUCCCUUUAAAGUGAAAGUUUUAAAAUGUUAUCGCAUAUGGGCUCAUAGGCUCAAAUGAUUCACAGUAGCUCUUUCCCCAUUGAUGACGAGUCGGCGGCAGUGCUAGGGCUGUUUAGUACACUAUACUGUCAAAUACUAAUCCAUUCCUUAAAUGAUCUUUAAACAAAUGCACUGACAUCGCAGGUCCACAUUCUGGACACGUAUAUGAAGAUAUUGUUAAGUGGGAACAAUUCUAGAAGUUGCUUUUGUGCUUUCGUCACACAUGAAGUGUUUCAUAACGGUUUCUUUUUAAUUGCAAGUCAAUGGAUACAGAAUCUGGUAUUUGAACCAGUAUUCUGUCUCAUUUAUUCAGUUUAUGAGUUGUGCGACCAAAGUAUGAUAAAACAGAUGACAAGCAUCAAGCAUCAAUUACACACCUAAUGUGCAUCCUUCACUCCUAAUUAUGUUGUAUUGGCACUAAAAACCUACUGUUGAAAAAGUUGAAAAAGAGAGACAAAUAUUACAUUUUCCAAUUAAAAUCAUGAACAUGCAUCAUAAUUACUGCAUAAAAGCGAUAGAUUCUUAUGCAAACAUUGAUUAUCCCCAUACAAAUAGUCCCUUUGGCCUUGUCUCAGUCCCCUAAAUGGUCCUUAAAAUAUCAGUACUUCAGCAAGAACAUGAAUGCUACAGCAUAAGUGCUCACGGCUGUCUUAAAAUAGCACACUUAGUGCUGACAGUCAGUCCCACAGAUCGUAUUUGAGUGCAGUGUGAACAGAAAUCUGGACAUCUACUAUGAAUCUAGUCCUUUAAGCUAUUACGAGAAGAUGAGCAUCAUGAUCAGCUCUCUGUAUUUGAUUCACUCUUUAUUCUUUAGGUUGGUUUUAUCUGAAUGUAUAUCAGUUGUUUUGGUGUUUCGUGUUUUUGUCAUUUUGUCAUUUUGUGUGUGACAUGUUUUUGUUUGUGUGUUUUGGCUUUGUUAUUUCUGGCUGUUUUUAUUGGUUGCCCUCAAUGUAAGUUAAAGGAAUAGUUCACCCAAAAAUGAAAAUUUGCUGAAAAUGUGCCCACCCUCAGGCCAUCC